AUGGUUUCCGAAUCUCCGAGGUCUUCGCGGGAUGAUGAUUCGUCCCGGAGAAAAAGGGCUAAAUACACCCAAGUUGCUUGCAAUGAAUGCAAACGGCGCAAGCUAAAAUGUAGUGGUGGCCUGACCUGCGUCAGAUGUUCUCGUGAUCAUAUCCCUUGUGUCUACGCCCAUCGCCCUUCUACCACGUCGAUCCAGGGACCUGACGUCAAUGAUGAAGGAGCCAAUAUCAGAUUACAGGCUGUGGAUAGGCAACUGGAGACUCUGCGGCGGGAAAUGCGGACCCUUUCCGCCCGCGUUCAUGAGCUUGAAUCCCCCGGCCCUGCUUCAGCAUCGAAUCCGUCAGCCCCACCCACCACGGGGAGCCUGCACCGUAUUCUAGAUGCUCCUAGAUCCCCAACGUACGUCGGACCCACGAGUGCGGAGUUUGGCCUCACUCGAUCUCAAAGGUCUUUAUCCCACCAAGCUGACGACUGUGCCGCAAUUGAUGAUCGUGGUGAGGACCUUGACCUAUCAACAACUGCCCCCAGUCCUGCGCCAUCGGGGAGAGGCGAAAAUGCUCCUCUUGGGCAUCCUUUGAGCAGCCUGGGUGCGGAUGAAACAUUGCGAUUGGUACAAGUCUAUGAGGACACAGUAGGUGUGAUGUACCCCUGUGUUGAUUUGGAUGGAGUGCGAGCAUACGUGCUCGAGUUCUACCGCUCUCACGACUCAACCGCUGCGGCCUCGUCUGUGUUGUCCGCACAGACAGCCUCGGAUCAGGAUUGGUUCUCUGCGCGUGAUGUCCAAGUUCUAAAGAUUCUCUUGGCGACCGCUCUAUUGGUCGAAUCACACGGUCGGAGUGAGCGCGCCGCCCAGCUGGCCGACAGUGUGGAAGAUCGCUUCGCCAGUCGAUUGAAAAUUGCCGAGGUUGAUAUGAAAGAAAUUCUCAUUCUGACCCUGUUGUCCAUUUUUCACUCUUACCGCGACGACGAAGUCAUCGCCGGGCGAUUGAUUGGCAUGGCGGUUCGAGGGAGUACGGAGCUAGGUCUUCAUCGUCAAGAAACGUGGCAAAAGACAGGAGGCGUUUUCCCGGGGGAAUUGGAAUGGACGUGGGCAAGCCGACUGUUCUGGUGCAUAUACGUGUUAGAUCGCAAGUGUGCCUUUGGCACGGGGUUGCCCUUCGCCAUUCAAGAUUCUGACAUUGACACCAACUUGCCUGAGCCGGGCCACUCUACUCCGUACCUGACUUGCAUGAUCUCUCACGCGCGCCUGAGCACAAAGAUCUGGGGCCUAGUCGUUGGAUGGCCCAACCGGUCACAAGCGGCCACUUCAGAUGGUUGCGCUUACUUGGACGCUCAGGUCCAGCAAUGGAUCCAUUCCAUUCCGCGUGAAUUACGUUUUGAUCCGACUUGGCGCUCUCCCGCUGGAUCAGAGCACACCGAUCGAGCCAUGAUGCUUCAGGUUCUCCUUGCUCUACAAGCGAACCAGCUUCGAAUUCUUGUGUAUCGACAAAAUCUGCUUAGUGACGAGCGGAUAGCAGACAACGUGACUGGUGCCUCGACCGCCGUGGAAACGGCGAAGAGCACGGUUCAUAUGCUGAGCUAUUUCAGUCGGGUCUCGAGUAUAUAUUUCCAGCGCCCGGAGCCAUUCAACUAUUUUCUAUUAUCCGCCCUUGCCGCCCUCUUCUUGGCAGUUUUACAUGCGCCAUCGCGUUUCAGCCAUGCUUGUCGGCCGGAAUUUUAUACGGCCGUCGACAUGGUUCGUCGCUCAGCAACACGUGCACGUACUUCGCGGAGAUUGCAAAAGGUCCUUCACAGUUUGAAACGCAUUCGAUUGAACCUCAGAUGGGAUAGUGAAGCUGGCCGACAAUCAUCUAUUCAUCAAGGUCAUCCCUCAAAAGUGGGUUCUAAGAAUGAGAACGAGACAUCUGAGCUUCAUUGGCAUGCUGCAUCCCAAAAUAAGGUGUAUCCGUCCAGCAGCAUUUGGGAUACAACGCCAGUAUCAGCCACAACGGAGUCUGCUGCUGCACGUUGUACUCCCAGCCUCCAUCAAACAUCCGGGGCGACUACUCCUCAGCUCUCAUCUAGCGCUUUUUGGCCAAUGUCACCUGGUACAGUAGCUGGAUCCGAAUCCAAAGUCUGCGAGGACUUGAGCAGCUUUUUUGAAAUUGCAGGUGGGUUCUACUUUGACCCUCAACCUGGUUCGGAUAUCGCCGCCGGAGCAGAUGUGGGGUUGGCCCCUCCGGGUGACACACGGUCGCCCAAUGCGCUGGACGCCUUUCACGCGGAGGAUGAGGCCUUGACGAGAGUCAUGGCUGGUUUGCUGUGA